UCUUUGACUCGAGGGCGAGUCCAGUAAAGUUACCGCACUCUAACCCCAGAUCGGAUCCAAUGAUCGAUCCAGUGCGAGUUCCGGCAUUCAGUCGCCUGUUCUUAACUGAAACCUCGCAGCUAUUUAAACCCACGGGCCCCCCUCCCCCAAAAUACGCAGCCUAAUUCAGGGGCCAGGGCUUAGGGUUUUUCGUCGUCUUUUCCAUCGAUCUCAGCGCCCAAUCAGUUCAUGUAGAUCUGUUCUCUAAUAAACUUCAGAUCGAGGAAAUGGCGUUCGGUAAUCUCUUGGUUUGCUUCUUGAUCGGUCUCUCCAUCUCGUCGACGGCCGGUGAGUCGAUCUAUGGCUGCGGCGGAUUCGUUGAGGCGACCUCAGCUCUGAUCAAGGGGAGAAAGGCUUCUGAUGCGAAAUUGGACUACUCACACAUCACUGUCGAGCUUCGAACAGUUGAUGGACUGGUUAAGGAGAGGACUCAAUGUGCUCCAAAUGGUUACUAUUUUGUUCCAGUUUAUGACAAGGGUUCAUUUAUUGUCAAAGUUAAGGGGCCUGAUGGUUGGUCUUGGGAUCCCGACAAUGUUCCUGUUAUUGUUGACCAAAGUGGGUGUAAUGGCAAUGCAGAUAUCAAUUUCCGAUUUACAGGAUUCAUGAUAUCAGGAAAGGUCUUGGGAGCUGUUGGUGGACAGAGUUGUUCUGUGAAGGAUGGAGGACCAUCUGAUGUAAAGGUCGAUCUCCUGUCUCCUUCCGACGAUCUUAUUGCAUCUGUUUUCACAUCAGCACUAGGGCAAUAUUCCUUUGCAAACAUUAUUCCAGGGAAAUACAAAUUGCGCGCUUCACAUCCUGAUUUAGAAAUUGAAGUCCGAGGAACACCAGAGGUGGAUUUGGGAUUUGGUAAUGCUGAGCUAGAUGAUAUCUUUUCUGUCUCUGGGUAUGAUCUCCGCGGUUCUGUAGUGGCUCAGGGAAAUCCAAUUUUGGGUGUUCAUGUAUACUUGUAUUCAGAGGAUGUGUCGUCUGUGCAUUGUCCACAAGGUGCUGGUAAUGCCUUGAAGGACAAAAGUGCUCUUUGUCAUGCUAUAUCUGAUGCAGAUGGAAAGUUUGUAUUUCGCUCGUUGCCUUGUGGUGUUUAUGAGCUUCUACCUUACUACAAGGGAGAGCACACAGUUUUUGAUGUUUCACCCCCCUCAAUGCUUGUAUCUAUAGAGCACCACCACCUUGUUAUCUCCCAACAGUUCCAGGUUACUGGAUUCUCUGUUGGAGGGCGUGUAGUUGAUACCAAUGGCAUUGGAGUUGAGGCUGUUAAAAUCAUAGUAGAUGGUCAACAGAGGGUCACAACUGAUAGUCAAGGAUAUUACAAACUUGAUCAGGUUACAUCCAAACGAUACUCAGUUAUAGCUCAAAAGGACCACUAUAAGUUCACUACUCUUGAGAAUUUUUUGGUUCUGCCAAAUAUGGCUUAUGUUGACGAGAUUAAAGCCAUCUAUUAUGACAUCUGUGGCGUUGUUCAAAUGGUUACUGGAAAUUCAAAAGCGAAGGUAGCAUUGACACAUGGACCAGAGAAUGUGAAGCCUCAGGUGAAGCUAACUAAUGAGGAUGGGAGCUUCUGUUUUGAGGUUCCACCUGGAGAAUAUCGUUUAUCUGCUAUGGCAGCUAAUUCUGAGAGCUCAUUGAGUCUUCUGUUCUCUCCAUCAUAUAUUGAUCUCAAGGUUGAUCGCCCAUUACUUUGUGUAGAGUUUUCUCAGGCACAAGUUGAUAUUCAUGGAACUGUACUUUGCAAAGAGAUUUGUGGGCCUUCUAUUUCUCUAUCGCUUGUAAGACAAGUGAGGGACAAUGCACAAGACGAAAGAACAAUUACCUUGAGUCAAGGGAGCACUUUUAUUUUCACGAAAGUCUUUCCUGGGAAAUAUCUCCUUGAGGUCAAACACAUCCCUUUGUCAGCAAUGCCUGAGGGUGACAAUUGGUGCUGGGAACGAAGUACUGUUGAGUUAGAUGUUGGCACAGAGGACUUGCAGGGAAUUGUCUUUACUCAGAAAGGUUAUUGGAUUGAUAUAAUUUCUACUCAUGAUACGGAAGCCUAUAUAAAGCAACCUGACUCUUCACGUGUUGAUUUAUCAAUAAAGAGAGGUUCACAAAGAAUUUGUUUCGAGAACCCUGGGGAGCAUGAACUGCAUUUUGUUAACUCGUGCAUACUCUUUGGAAGCUCAUCAGUGAAGUUUAAUACACAGAAUCCAGCACCCAUACAUCUUACGGGAAAGAAGUACUUACUCAGAGGAUUGAUCCAUGUCGACUCAAGCCUGCUUCAAGGUUCAUAUGAAAGUAUUACAGUUGACAUAUUUAAGGGAGAUAAUGUUCACGUUGACACUAUUCGUACUAAAUAUGCGCCUGAUGAAACUGAACAAAGUGGAAUCGCUGUUAUUGAGUACACAAUGUGGGCUGAUCUUGGAGAGGAUCUUGUUGUCGUUCCUCGACACUCAAGUGAGCAUCAAGAAAAAAAGAUCCUAUUUUAUCCAAGACAGCGUCAUGUAUCAGUUACUGUUGAUGGCUGUCAAGCUUCUAUUCCCACAAUCACUGGACGGAUGGGGCUUUAUCUUGAAGGAUCAGUCUCUCCACCUCUUUCUGGUGUAAAUAUAAAAAUUGUAGCAGCUGGAGAGAGCAGUAAUGCUCCUCUUCGGGAAGGUGAUUUGGCAUUUGCAAUAGAGACACAGUCUGACGGUUCAUUCAUAGGUGGCCCUCUGUAUGAUGAUAUAACUUAUAAUAUUGAAGCUUCCAAGCCUGGAUAUCAUGUUAAAAAGUUGGGGCCUAAUUCAUUUACUUGUCAGAAACUUAGUCAAAUUGUUGUAAAUAUAUACGAUGGAGGUGAAGCUGGGGACUUGUUCCCAUCUGUUCUAUUAUCAUUGAGUGGUGAAGAUGGUUACAGGAACAACUCCAUUAGUGGUGCUGGUGGAGCUUUCAGCUUCGAUAAUUUGUUUCCUGGAAGCUUUUAUUUACGUCCAUUAUUGAAGGAGUAUUCAUUUUCCCCUGGAGCAGUGGCAAUAGAGUUGGGGUCUGGAGAAUCUAAAGUUGUCGUCUUCCAAGCAACACGUGUUGCUUACAGUGUAAUGGGUACUGUAUCACUACUGUCUGGUCAGCCAAAAGAAGGUGUUUACGUGGAGGCUCGGGCAGAAUCCAAAGGCUAUUAUGAGGAAGCAACAACUGAUAACUCAGGAUAUUUUCGUCUUAGGGGACUUCUUCCAGAGACAACUUAUCUGGUAAAAGUUGUGUCAAAGGAUGACUUGGGAGUUGUUGGCAUUGAACGGGCUUCUCCUGAGUCUUUUGCUAUUAAGGUUGGCUCAGAGGAUAUCAGAGGUGUGGAUUUCAUUGUAUUCGAAGAGCCUGAGGUAACCAUUUUAAGUGGGCACGUUGAAGGGACUGGCCUUGAAGUACUGCAACCGCAUCUUUCAGUGGAAAUAAAAUCGGCUAGUGAUACAUCAAAGAUUGAGUCAGUUCUCUCUUUGCCUCUCUCGUACUACUUCCAAAUCCGUGAUUUGCCGAGAGGAAAGCACCUUCUACAACUCCGGUCAGCUCUUCCAUCCAAUACCCACAGAUUUGAAUCUGAGAUCUUUGAGGUUGACUUGGAAAAACACCCGCACCUUCAUGUGGGCCCCAUAAAAUUUAGCGUGGAGGAACAACAUCACAAACAGGAACUGACAGCGGCUCCAGUUUUCCCUCUGGUGGUUGGAGUAGCUGUUAUCGCUCUCUUUAUCAGUAUGCCAAGGUUGAAGGAUAUAUACCAGGCUGCUCUAGGAAUGACUCCUUUGGGCUCAUCAACUGCGACCAGUAAGAAGGAAGUGCGGAAGCCAGUAGUGAGAAAGAGAGCUUAUUAGUUAGGGUAUAGCGCCAUAUUUAUCCCUUGCUAUGUCUACGAGAAAAAUGGAAUUUUUGAUGCAAUCAAUUUAUGUACUUUUUUGCUGUGGAAAUAUGUACAAGCUUGUAUGUGUAGAAAGCUUAAUGGCAAGAACAUUUGUAACAUUUAGAUCUAACAUUAUCUAGAGAAGCCGUCUAAUUUAGUUCACUAAAUUUUAGAGGAAAAAUUCUAUGAAAGAUGGAGCAUGAGUAAUAAAUAACUGUUCUGCGUGAUCUUUAAACUA